AUGAACAGAAGAAAGAGGCAGUUCAGAGAAAGAGGGGGAGAAAUGGAGUUGCUGGCAGAGCUUAUAGCAUUUGGAACCAUUACAAGUUAUAUAACCGUAUACAUUCAAAGUACUUUUCUCUUAUCCAGUUUCUUCAAAUCUAUCUAUCUAUCUAUCUAUCUAUCUAUCUAUCUAUCUUUGUUCAUAUUUUUUUUUGUUAGUCUCAUUGUUCCUCUGACUUUCUCUUUCUCUCUCUCUCUCUCUCGCUCUCUCUCUCUCUAUUUCUAUUUCUCUUUUUCUCGCAUUCUCUAUCUCUCUAUCUAUCUUUCUCUUCAUCUCCCUCUCUACCUCUCUAUCUCUUUCUCUAUCUCUAUCUCUCUCUCCACCUGCCUCUCUACCUCUAUCUUUCUCUCUCUCUCUCUCUCUCUCUCUAUCACUCUCUCUUUCUCUCUCUCUCUAUCUCUCUCUACUUCUGCGUUUUGUUUUUCUGAACUUCCCGAUUUCAUUUCCAAAACGCACGGUCUGCCACUAGCCAAGUGGUGA